GAGUAUAUAUAGUAAAAAUCAUUUUGCGAACUUUAAAUUUGGCACGUAUCUGUAAGCAAUUCCUGAAAAAAAUCCUGAAAAAGUCUGGUUUUCAAAGCGCUUUGAUAUCGUUUUAUCUAACAGACAGGGGAAAUCAAAGGACGUAUUUUGAUGCAACAAUAAAUACAACUGAUCAAAAAAUUAUUUAUGCAUUGCGGGUAAAUGCAUUUAUAGAUAAUGAUGCAUUUGUAAAUAACGUCAAUUUAAUGGAAUCAAGGAGUGGAUUAUAAUUAUGAGAAUCAAGAACAUAGACGCAGAGCAAAUGUGUUCUGGUAUUACAGAGAAUUUGUAAAUCUGCAUCUGUUCUGAGGAACGUGCAGUAAACAGGCUCUUUCUUUCACUGAUUUUUUACAGUUCACUCAUGGAAUGUUUAAGAUACCAGUGUUUAGUAUGGUCGGUUUUCUUGUUUCUCUGGGUGGCAGGCAAGGCGCAACAGACGUUGAGUAACAGUACAUACAUUUUACACCAGAUUCUUCUGAAAAAUUACAAUGCAGAUAUAAGACCAUGCCUUGAUUGUAAGACACCCUUAUUUGUAGGAAUAAAGUUUCACUUGACGGCACUAAAUAAGAUAGAUGAAAUAGAAGGAGAGUUGAGCACAGUGGGAUAUCUUAAAGUUGUCUGGAGUGAUGAAAGGCUGACUUGGGAUCCCACGUCGAAUGGUGUUGGAAAUGUUAUGAUGCCGUCUACAAAGAUAUGGACACCAAUUGUACUUUUGGGUAACCCGUCAAAGGAAAUUAUUCAUCUAAAUCAAGAUGAUGCCAUUGCUCGAGUUCUUUAUAAUGGAACGGUGAUAUGGCAUCCCGGUGACGUCUUCCGGUCAAGGUGCGAAUAUGACGUCCACAGUUAUCCUUUUGACAAGCAGUCGUGUUCGAUCGUGUUCACACCAUGGUCAUAUCUAGCGAGUGAAAUUACAUUUUUAGCGGCUUCUGACCAUGCGGAUACCGCAUUCUACCAAGAAAACGGCGAAUGGAAAUUAGGUCUAACGUCAUCAUCAACUUACACGAAGAAACAAAGCUCCUUUGUGCGAUUCCAUUUCAACUUUAUCCGGAGAUCAGAAUUCUUCGUGGUUAAUAUAAUUGUUCCAAUAUCAUUUUUAAGUUUUCUGAAUUGUCUCGCGUUUGCCAUACCUAUUCAAAGCGGUGAAAGAGUGUCAUAUACAAUAACUGUUUUGCUGUCAUUUGCAGUAUUUAUGACGUUAGUCAGUGACAACAUACCAAAGACGUCAGCUCCGAUGUCAUUACUCUGUUACUAUUUGACGUCAUUAUUUAGCGGAAGCGUUCUGAUAAUGACUUGCGUGACGAUAAACAUGAGUACAUUUUAUACAGACCCAAGCAUCGACGUACCACCUAGAUAUGUCCGUUUACAUAAAAUGGUAACCAGAGGUAAAAGAAGAAAAAAAUUAGAUGAACGCAAACGUCAUGUUAAUUGUGUCAGUAACGAUACCCGCCAAAGUGUGCAAAACAGCAAUGAAGCCGACGGAACUACACAAAAUGUGACAGUCACAUGGCAUGAGGUGGCAGCAGCGCUUGAUAAGAUAGGUCUCAUUGUUUCGCUCACAUACUUUUCUUGCAUUACGAUUGGCAUGAUUUUGUACACAACAAGAUCGAAACUCUAGAACUGAUAUAUUAAAUCAUUUGAGCAUUUUUGUGUUCUACACGCAGCAAAACAUGUAUACAAACACUUUGUAUUUUAAACUGGAAGGAAAAAGAUUUUUCCAGAUAUUUUUGUGUUUAAAUAUUACGCAUAUGAUUAUAUUCAUUCGCAAUCACCUUGUGGCUCUAGUUAAUUGAAAGAUGUUUUCUAAAUAAAUGUACAGGUCGAUGCAUUUUUGUAUUCAUAACACGUUUCUAGCAGCGAGAGGUGUAAGGAGAUAACAUACUUCUUCAAUUUCUGAGAAUCUAGUCUGUUGUAAAUCUUCUGAAAUAUUUGCAUGGUGGUUGUAAUAUCAUGUGACAAUACAAUAA